CCGCCCCUCAUUCCAGGCAACCACAAAUCAACAGCGCCAACUUCAUUUCAUUAUAGUGCUGACGCUCGCCGCUCCCAGCGCGACUGCAUUAAUGAUAUCUGUAGAGAAACCCAAGCCAUCCCGUUUGCUUACAGAAUGUGUUUUUCCACGCUUAUUCGUGUGACGUAAUACGAUUUAGGACGCUUUUAUAUUGAGCGAGUCAAAUGCGCGCGCCCGUACAAAUCCACAAAACCUGCAGAAAGAAAGACACAAGGCGCUCGUAUUGUUAGAGAAGCGGAGGGGACUCCUGCACGUGAAGGAGAGAUGGAAAUGCAUAUCUCCUAAAUGCCUGGCACGCAGACAUAGCAACACUGGAUGGACAUGCAUUGAAAAGCACUGGAUCUGGCUCAGCAAAAUGGGGAAGCACACUUUUAUCCGUGCAAUUUCAUCCUUGUGUCAAGCAACAGAUAAUUAAUGAGGGAAUGGAGGAGCUCAGAUUUUCUUGAUUCAACCCGUCCUUUGCAAGUCACAGCACAGACGGACGCACCAUGGUUCUGCUUUGGGCUCUGUGCUCCAUGCUGACUGUAUGCAUGGCCAUCAAUAUGGAGGCUACUGGAAGCCAUAGCAUGUUUAGCUGUGAGCCCAUCACAUUGAGGAUGUGCCAGGGCCUUGCCUACAAUACCACCUUCAUGCCCAACCUUCUGAAUCACUAUGAUCAGCAGACUGCUGCUCUCGCCAUGGAGCCCUUUCAUCCUAUGGUGAACUUGGAGUGCUCUACUGAAAUACGGCCGUUCCUGUGUGCCCUUUAUGCACCCGUGUGCACCGAGUACGGCCGUGUGACCCUCCCAUGUCGCCGUCUGUGCCAGCGGGCUAAGAGCGACUGCUACAAGCUCAUGGAGAUGUUUGGGGUCAGCUGGCCAGAUGAGAUGGAGUGUAGCAGGUUUCCCGAAUGUGAAGAGUCGUACCCUCGAGCGAUAGACCUGCUCCCCAGCAGCGACAGCACUGAGGAAUCGCCAUCCGCAGUUCAACGGGAUUAUGGCUUUUGGUGCCCGCGAGAGUUGAAGAUCGAGCCCGACCUGGGUUACUCCUUCAUGGGCGUCCGUGACUGCUCUCCUCCCUGCCCCAACAUGUACUUCCGCAAAGACGAGCUCAUCUUCGCCCGCUAUUUCAUCGGCGUCAUUUCCAUCGUCUGCCUAUCUGCGACUCUGUUCACCUUCUUGACUUUUCUCAUCGAUGUGGGUCGCUUCCGCUACCCCGAGCGUCCCAUCAUCUUCUACGCUGUCUGCUAUAUGAUGGUAUCUCUGGUCUUCUUCUUGGGCUUCCUGUUGGAGGAUCGUGUCUCAUGUAACACAGCAAGCCCGGGUCGUUUCCGAGCCUCCACCAUCACCCAAGGCUCCCACAAUAAAGCAUGCACCCUACUCUUCAUGACCCUCUACUUCUUCACCAUGGCAGGAAGUGUUUGGUGGGUCAUUCUCACCAUCACCUGGUUCCUAGCAGCAGUUCCCAAAUGGGGAAGCGAGGCCAUCGAGAAGAAGGCUUUGCUGUUUCAUGCGGUGGCUUGGGGUGUGCCUGGAGCCCUCACCAUCACUCUGAUGGCCAUGAACAAAAUCGAGGGCGACAGCAUGAGUGGUGUGUGCUUCGUUGGCCUCUACGACCUCAUGGCUUUGCGCUGGUUCCUGUUGGUGCCGCUAGUGCUGGAUGUGAUUGUUGGUGUGGUGCUGCUGUUAGCAGGCAUAGCGGCGCUAAAUAGAGUACGGAUGGAGAUCCCACUAGAGAAGGAGAACCAGGACAAACUGGUGAAGUUCAUGAUCCGGAUCGGCGUGUUCUCCGUGCUGUACCUGGUGCCUCUGCUGACGGUCAUUGGAUGUUAUUUGUAUGAGCAGAGCCAUAGAUCGGUGUGGGAGACCACCUGGGUUCAGGAGCGCUGCAGAGAGUAUCAUAUCCCCUGCCCGUUUAAGGUUGAGAAGACCAGCAGGCCUGAUAUCGCCCUGUUCCUCAUCAAGUAUCUGAUGAUGCUGGUGGUGGGCAUCCCGUCUGUGUUUUGGGUCGGGAGUAAAAAGACCUGCUUCGAGUGGGCCAGUUUCUUCAGUGGGCAUCGCAGAAAAGACAGUGCGGUGCACGAGAGCCGGCAGGUGCUGCAGGAGCCCGACUUUACCCAGCUCCUCCUCAGAGAUCCCAACACCCCUGUGGUGAGGAAGAGCAGAGGCACGUCCACGCAGGGCACCUCCACCCAUGCCUCCUCCACACACCUGGCCAUGCUGGACGAGCCCCCGAGCGCGAGCACCAGCCGUGCCGGCAGCACACGCAGCAAGUCCAGCAGCUUCCACGGCAGCUUGCACCGCUCCAGAGAUGGCCGGUACACGGCCAGCAGUUUUCGCGGUGUGGAGGAGCGCGUUUCUCACGGGAGCUCCCUGCGCCUCAAUGAGCCGCUACAGCACUGCGCCAUUAACCGCCUGGACAGCCAAUCACGGCACGGCAGCCUGCAGCGCCUCGAGAGCCAAUCACGGCACAGCAGCGUUCGAGACCUCAGCAUCACAGCACAGGCCAUCCAGAGCAGCCCUGGAAAUGGCAUCCACCGCGUCAUGGAGGAGGACGCGACCAAAGCAUAAACUAUACUGCAAAACUACUCGUAACUAAUGGAGCUAAUGGAGCCACAAAUACCAGAGUGUUCGAACUACACUGUUAACUGUGCGCGUUCACUGGGAAUUGAACCCACAGCCUCAUGACACUAGUUGAGCAGCUCCACGAUCAAAAGGGACUUGAAUUUAUUUACUUUAAAUUUGACUUUUAGUCAGAGGAUUUCCAAAUCAGAGGAUACCAAACACUUGAAAUCCUUUACCGUAAACUACCAACAGAAGUCUGGGGUCUGCAUGCUUUUUUAUUUCAUUUCAUUUGGUUAUUGUAAACAAUUUCACCUAUCUUUUUAUCAAAAAUCAUUAUAACAAAAAUAAAUAUUAACACAAAUUAAAUAACCAUAUUAGAGUUACUUUUUGUCAUUAAAUUCUUUUUUAAAAUCUAUUACAAGGGCUGAGCGAUAUUGGAAAAACCUGAUAUUGCGAUAUUUUAUUUUUCUGUGAUAAAUAUAGUGAUAUAAAUACAGUUUCACAAGACAGUUGAUGGUUUUCUGGGGAGUCUAACAGUAUUUAGGUACAGAAAUUGAAGUUACAAUGCAAAUAUCAAGUCCAAAUAUCAAAGCAUUCUUAGAGCAAGUAAAAAUAUUGUUUAGUUUUCACCAUCAGCAUAAAAAGGUGAAAAUCUACAAGCUAAACAAGCUAAAUGAUCUGCUACUGAGGUAAGUUAAAUAAUCUUGUACUCGAUACUUGAAAUAUAGAUGUUUGGACUAGAAACGAGACAAAAAUUCUAAGUAAGUAAAACAUUUUUGAUGCAUAAAUCAUAUAAAUUCCAUAUAAAAACAGUGAUGAAAUAGGAUUCUCUAGCUCUUGGUCUACUACAAUUCAGACUUAACACUGCAUAUCUUUGCGAAGUGACAACUGCGGAUGCACACAUUGCGAUAACGAUGCUGAAAUUAUAUAUUGUGCAGCCCAGUAUUUAUUACUAGGGCUGGGCGAGAUUGCAAAAAUGCAAUCUCCAUAAUUAUUUUCUAUAAUAAACGAUAUAUAUUGUAUAUAUAUCGAUAUAUAUUUACAAAACUAUAUAUAUUUCGAUAGAAGUUGUUGCUUCCAGAUUCAAAAAAGUACCGCAACAAUAGCUGUUUCCAUCCAAAAAUGAUAAUUAAUUUUUUGCGCAAAACUGGUGUGUGAAUAAAGCCGCGUUUCCAUCCAACGAAUCAAAUCGUCAGUUCCUGAUUAACUGGGGCCAAAUAUCAACAGUAAAAAUGGAAUAUGCUGCAAUAAAAAAAGCUGCGUGAAUCUUUUCUUCAUUUAAUAAAUGACUUGAGCAUCAGAAGGCAAUCCUGACAUGCAGUGAACACGCGGUGGCCAAAACAACAUUUCAGAUGUUUUAUAAUGUGCUCAAUUUGUCAAAUUUGUCAACUCACACACAUUUUUAACAUCACAUGAUCUCUUAUAACAAAAUCACAUGACUUUUUUAAUGCGCAUACUGGAAUUUGUUCGGUAAAAGUGUUUGCAUUGCCGUUUAUGAGCAUCUUUUCUUAUCAAAUAAAAGUUUGUCCUACACAGUUAUGCGCAUGUUUUUUAUGCGCAUUUUCAAAAUGUAUGCACAUCUUACCAUUUCCAUCAACUUGUUUUUCAUGUGAAUAUCUAAAAUGCACAUAAAAAAUAGGUGGAUGAAAACGUAGCUAUGAACUGAAGCCACAAAAAUUAGACGGUCCAUUUAAAUGGCCAUUAAAACAUAUUUUCAGCCAAUAAAUUUUUGGUAUGCAAAAAUUUACUGCAUCUCUAAUAUCAACACACUUUUAGAUUCUCAUUGUUGCACAUUUCUGCUGUGUGAUUGGCUCCUAGAUCAAUAUGGAGUAAAAAUGUCUAAAGCUUAUUAUUGUUAUUGACAUUAAUUUGAUCGCAGUUCGAUAUAAUAUCGUUUAUCAGCUCAGCCCUUUCUAUUACAAUAGAAUAAAGUUAUUUUAUACUGUAAUAAGAUUUCAAAAUCUGCUUUUCUGAUCAAACUAAUUAUGCCACAGGGAGCAUAGAAACAUGAACUAUUCAAAAACUUUGUUUAAAAAAUCAUACAGACCCCAAAUCUUUAUAAGGUAGUGCAUGUAUUGUGAGCUUUUCUAAGGUGAAUCUGUGGAACCUUGAGUCAGUGUUCCUUCAUAAACAGGGUCAAGCAUAAGGGCUUUUAAUGCAUCAUUGAUGUGUUGAGCCACUUGCUGUUUUAUACUCCCGUGAUUUAAGCUUUCUGUUUUGACCAUGACAGAUGUGGUUUUGAAUGUUUCUUUCCAUUGUUUGUUGCACUUUUGACUGUUUUAUAGAGAAAAACUAGUGAUGGAUAUUGAUAUCUAUACACAUUUGGGUCAAAUAUAAAUGGACAGUUUGCCCGAAAUUGAAAAAUCUAUCACCAAAUAUUACUUGUGAUUUUGAAUCUGGAAAUUUGCAGUACAUAACAAUGUUUUACAUGACAAAACUGAUUUUUUUUUUUUGUAUGUGCAUAAUGGCAGAUUAUGUACAGCACAGUGGCAUUUUGGGGGCCUGAAAAUGUAAACGUUUUUAAACAGUUUUAAAAAUGACGUUGACAUCAUGCGCAUAUGUAUUGCUUGUUCAGUCCAUGCUCUAUAACAGUGGUUCUCAACCACAUUCCCAGAGGACCAACAGCACUGCAUGUUUUGGAUGUCUCCUUUGUCUCAACCAUUUCUAAAUCUAGUGUGUUUGGUUAAGGAGACAUGGAAAAUGUGCAGAGCUGGUGGUUCUCCAGGAAUGUGGUUGAGAAACACUGCUCUAUAAGAAUGUGCUUGAGUGGUUUGAAUAACUGUCGGUGUGUUCCAAAUGGGAUAUAGAUUUGCACCUGAAGGGCACUUCAGAGUGAAAACAGCCAUGGCUGCCAUAUUGUUGUCCCGAACCAAAGUGUUCAAAACGGUUGUCGCUAGAUUAGAUACACUUCCGGCUGGAAGUUAACAAAAAUUAUUUAUAUUAUUUAUUACUUUUCACAUUAAUUGUAUUUUAUUAACGUCUACCCCCACCCCAACCCCAAAACCAACCCUCACAGUAACGUAAAAACAGUAGUUGUACCAAGUAAAUUACCCAAUUAAUUGUAUUUUUUAACAUCUACACCUACCCCAACCCUAAGCCCAGCCAUUAGAGUAACGCAAAAACAGUAGUUGUACUGAGUAUUGUUUAUGUUAUCUAUUAAAUUACCCAAUAAAUUUUAGUUUUUAACAUCUCCCCCUACCCCAACCCUAAAUCCAACCAUCACAGUAACGUAAAAACAGUGGUUGUACCUAGUACUAUUUAUGCUAUCUAUUAAAUUACCCAAUAAAUUGUAUUUUAACGUCUACUUUAACGUAAAAAUAAUAAAUGUUGUUAUACAGUAUCAUAAAAAAUGCUGCUAUAUUGAUGUGCAUAUCUCACUUCCAGCCGGCCGUGUAUCUUAUCUAGACAUAACCAUUCAAAACUGGCUACUUUGAAGGGCCUUUCGAAAUGAAGAAUUUCAAAGGGUACAACUGAUGGAUACUUUGGGUCUUAACAAUCCUAUGCGCAGGGAAAUUGAUUGGUGACGCACCCUGCAUUCCAUUGGGAUGGACUCAUCCAUAACCCUUCAAAGCUGUCACUCCAGAGGGUAAACUCUUUGAAGGGAUUAGAGCAUAGGGAUGGAAUGCAGUGUGUAUGUGUGCAGGGCAUUGUUGCUAUACACAGUGAUACUGCCAUCUAUUGGCCUGGCAUGCAAAAUACAGUGUGAAAAGGGAUACUUUUUGACAUGUCAUCUGAUUGUGAAAUGUUUAAAAAACUGCUUUUAUAAACAUUUUUAUUUCAUAUAAAAUUAUGAAAAACACCCUUGUAACAACAGCUAUUCUACAGAGAAUCUUUUCCAGUGCCAAACGUCAUUAGUUCUGUGUCUGAAGACAAGUACAUUUUCAUUUUUGGGUGAAAUGUCCAUUAAAGUGUGAAGAGCUGAAUUAAAAAAAAAAACAUACAAAAAAAUGAUGACUGUCAUUUUAGAAUAGAUAUUGUAGUCAUUUUUGUCCUCUACUACUGAGCUCUUCUCUGUUGAGUUUUAGCACUAAUGAUCAUUAGUCAAAUUUGUGUCUUGUCAUUUACCGAAAACUGUGAAAGGCUCUUUUGUUAACAUGCUCAGACAUCCUGAGUGCUUUAUGUACAAAAUAAAACAUCACUCUCAACACGUUUACG